AAGAUCAAGUAGAUAAAGAGGUUGCACAACAUAUAAUUAAGCUUAUUUCGAAGGCUGAUAAGUUUUCUUGGGUAUAUCACAAAUCACGAGUUGAUGAUAUUUCUAAUAGACAAGAUACAAUGUCGCGAAUUGACCGAUAUGAAUGCAACGGAACUAUUCAAAUUAACAUUGAACAUGCUUAUAAUUUGGCGAUAGUUAAUAUAUAUCAUUAUCUUCACUCACCACCUGAAAUGAUGGAUUUUUCUAUUUCAAUUCGCAAUUAUAUUAUAGAGAACAAUUUACUAACAGUUCCUCAACUUUAUGAAAACAUUAAAAACA